UGCACUCCGGAUCACGAAGCAGCAAAAGAGUGUUGGUGGCAAGCAAAGCAAGAGAAGCAACGAUCUGCCAUCAAAGGCUGAGACAGUACAAACCUGACCCGAGGAACGGCAGCUACAGAGCACCAUGGCAUUUUCAGGGAUACUGAGCGACGAGGACAUCGAGGCUGCGGUCCAGGCUUGUCAAGCUCCAGGCACAUUUGACUUCAAGUCGUUCUUUGCUCAAGUGGGACUGACCAGCUCCUCCGAGGCAGAUAGAAAUAAAGUGUUUAUGGUCCUGGACCAAGACAAGAGUGGAUACAUUGAGGGGGAGGAGCUCAAGCUGUUCCUUCAGAAUUUCUCUCCGGGGGCGAGAGAGUUGACUGUGGCUGAGACCAAAGCUCUGAUGGCUGCGGGCGAUAAGGAUGGAGAUGGCAAGAUCGGAAUGGAAGAGUUCUGUGACAUCCUGGAAUAAAGAGGAUAAACAUCUUUGUGUUGUUUUUCCCUAUUUUAAGUGAAUGGGUUUGGUAUGAAAAUCCAGAUUUUCCAGAUUGAUUUAUGCAGAGACCAGAAACCUUGGAUAUUCUCUACCUGCCUGCUGCUCUCCCUGUUGAUGUGAUCCAAGACAGAUGUUUGGUGGACAGACGGCUUAAGAUGGAUGUUAUAGUGUGUGUUUGUGUGUGUGUGUUUAAUCAAUCAGUUACCUGGAAUGGGUUAAUAAAUGUAUUUAAGAUCUGA